GCGCUUUCUAACUUCCGAACCAGUCCGGAGGUGCUCGCCGAAAGCGCUUGGUGGCUGCUGCCUCCUCCAACUCUUCCCGGGCUAAGGUGCUGUGAGGCGGGCCAGUGCGCGCGGCAUGGAGAAAGGGGGCUUGAGGAGGCUCGGCAGGCUCUUCCACAAGAGCGAGUCGGAGGACUCGGAGCCGGACACGAGCCGGGAGACGCCGCUCCCCUCGCCGUCUCCUCAGGACAAGCGGCAGCAUCGCCACAACAGCCCCCCGGCCGGCGGCGGAGAACGCAAGAAACGCUCGGCGUUUGGCAACUGGCGCUUGAAGAAGAAGCACCACAAGGAGCGCCAGGCCACGGCGGCCGAGGCCAGCAGCGGCAGCCAGCUCAGCGCCCCGGCGUCUCCCUCGCUCUCCCUGGCGUCCAGCGUCACGGCCACCGCUUCCGAGCCCACCACCCCCACAGACAGAUAUUUUGAUAUGCCUGAUACGCAGUUUGGUUUUCAGGCAAAUCCACCAUCUCCAGCUCCGUCACUGGAGUCACAGUUUCCUUAUGCUAUAUCAAUGGAUUCAAUAUCUACAGCUACAUUACCAUCAUCAUUCAGAAAGUCCAAAACACACUCUCCUAAAGAAGAAAAAAAGAAACAAGUUUUGGGGAAAUUUGGAAAUUUUUUCACUACUGGCAGAAGGAAAAAUAUCAAAAAUACUACAGAAGCAUCUUUAAGACCAAGUAUUAAAGCUGCAAGGUCAGGAUCUCUUCAGAAGGAUACAGCUCCAUUGGCAUCAAUAGAUGACUUCAGAGAAAUAAGUAAAAGUGAAGAGUGCCUUCUUGGAAAAAUCUGCAAUCGCAACCAGCCAGUGAUACAGAAUACUGUUGAAGAGACAGAAGAAUACAUCUACACUAAAGAUCUGACACCUUUGUAUAAUGAAAUUGUUUCAGAGUGGAAUUCUAAAGAAGUCUCAUCUGACAGUGAAUUAUCACCUGACUGUCACAGCAGUAGUGAGACAAUAAAAAAUACAUUAUAUGAUAGCAGCCUUACACUCCAGACACCAGAAUCAGAAAAAUAUUUCAUCACUGAUGCAACUAAAACUACAACUCCAAAUUUCUUUAGAAGUUUAACAAAUAUAAGUAAUGAGGAGCAAGAACAUAGCAUAUUAAAUCAUAAACAACUGCUGAAUCUGAACCCUUUUGCAGAAUUGGAAGGUGCAGCUACAAAAGAUCAGCCAUCUGUUUUGGAAUCUAAAACAAGUGAGCGUGCCCACUCUUCUAGAGUGUUGACAUUGGACAUUUUUCUUCGUAGAACUGAACAGUCAAUUUCGAAUGAAUUUUCAACUGCUUUAUUAGACAACAACUACAGUAGUGCAGAUGAAAUGGAUAAAAAAUCUGCAGUAAGAAGAUCUGGAAAGAGGAGAAAAUCUCAGUCAUCUGGUGAUGUGCCAAAUGGGGACAGAAAUGCAACUGAGACUUCUGCAAAAGAAGAGACUGUUUGUGAGAGUCUUCCUUCAGAUGUAGUUGUAGAAGAGAUAAACAACUCUGAAAGAAAAGCUAAGACUUCUCAACAGAUUACAGCCGCAGCUAAUCAUGAGAUAAAAACUGGUAGUAAUCACAAGGGGUGUACUAAAAUGGAAAUGGAGAAAAGCAAACAGCAGCCCCCAGCUUCCUCCCCCUAUAGGAGGAAAUCUUUAAAAAAAAAUCAAGCUGAUGCAGUUCUUCUUUCACCUACCAGCUUGAAGAGUCAAGGGAAAGAUUCAUCCACCAAAAGACAAGUAGAGAGGGCAACAAAUGGUAGCCCAAUGUCAAAAAGCUCUUCCAUCGAAAAGUUUUCUUUUAGUGAGAGCUCUGCAGAAUCUUUCAAAGUUGCUUCUGUGGGUGCCCUAAGUAAUAGCACCUCAUCACCUACUGAAGGGAGACCAGAUUCUGCUAACAGCUGUGAUGGAAGUGUUCUACUACAUGGAGUCAAGAACAAAAAUGGUGGAAUAGGAACAACAAAUGGAAAGCAAAUUUCUCCUGAUCUAGACAGCACAAAGCCAAGAAAUACUUGGGAUGUUUCCAGAAUGGUCACAACAAAAGUUAACUUACCAGCUAAACCAAAGAAUGUUGAAUUAAACCUUAAAGCUCCCAGAAUCUCAGAAGAUGCAGGAAGCGAGCAAGAUUCUCUGGACAAAGCUGCUAAAAUUAACUUCAGUAUUGCCAAUAAAAUAUCCAUGUUUGAAAGCAAACAUAGCAAUCAAAAUCAACCUGCUGAAGUCUCAACUUCAAAGAAAGGUGGUUCUGUAUCAAAUACAUUUGUUGGAAGAGCAAAGCUGAAGUUUGGGAAACAGCCUGCUGAAGUUGAGCAGACUAACAGAAUAACAAGUAAACCAAACAGUCGCCAGAAGCCACUGCAAAAUGGUGCAAAGUUGAAAGGAGGGUCUUCAGAAACAAAGAUAAAAAAUGAAGAAGGAACUCAGGCAGGCAUUCUAAACAAUGAGGAAGUUAGAAAUGUGGGGUCUCUCUUGAAUCCAAGUGAUAAAGAUGGUAAUGAUGACGAUCAAGUGAGUGUUUUUGAUCCUAAAAAAACUGAUGCAGAACUAGCUGAGGACAACUUACUCCCCAAAACUACCUCUUUGCACCAGAUUAAAGAAAUGGAAGCCUCCCAAAAUAGUGUAAACAAGAAAAUGAAUGCCACAUCAGUAUCACCUGAAAGUGGAGGGAGACUUUCUGUUGAUAGAGAUACUUAUUCCCCUUAUAAAGAUGAUACAAACCUACAGCAAUUUGACUUUGUGCACAAAAAAUUAGAAUUAGAGAACAACAUGAAUUCUGAGAUUAAUAGUGAUGACAAAAAGGCAAAUAUUUCAGAAAGUGUAGGAGUAUUUGAGCAAAAUAGUAAUGGGAAGGAAAGUCCAAGCCGUGCUUGUAAUUUCUCUAAAGCUAGCAAUGAUGAAAGCAUUUGUGAUUCUCCUUCAGAUAUGGAAAAGUUUGCUGAAACAAUUAAAAACCUAGACAGUGCUAUCUGUAUACCUCAGAAAAAGAAAAAGACCAAACUUCCAAAAUCGCCUGCACCUCACUUUGCUAUGCCUCCAAUACAUGAGGACAACCUAGAGAAAAUUUUUGAUCCUAAUGUAUUUACAGUUGGUUUGGGGAUAAAAAGGGACAGACCACUAGAUCUAGCCCCAUGCUUACAGCUUAAAUUGCAAAGUCUAGAAACUGAGGCCAAAGUCAGACCCAAACGUGCCUCUGCUGAAAACAGCAUGCUUCUGCAGUCACUGAAAUCAUCCAACAGAAGAGACCCUGCAUUCAUUCAGGAAACAAAUGGGAAAGAGAAUAUGGAUAGCAUAGAUGGUGACAUUAAGAGAUCUCGACUUGAAAAUAGUGCCAUCUUUUCAAGCCUGCUUUCAACUAAAGAAAAAGUGUUUAGGCCUUCUGUAACUUCUAUAAAUACUAUCACAACAUCAUUUACAUCUCAGAAGAGUGCUGAUUCCACAGGGAAAAUACCAUUAAGAUUUGAUACAGCUCAGCUAUUGGAGUCUCUUCCAGGUUUUAAAGCUCCAAAGUACAUGGAAACAGAUAUACAAACUUAUGAUGCAAAAAAAGAGAGAAUUUUGCAGAUGCCAAACUUUGGAAAUACUGACACCAGUUUUUCAAGCUGGUUGCAGUCUGGCCAAUAUGAACCAAACAUCUCCCCUGGUUUCUUAGAUGUGGAGGCAUUUUCAGGAAAGAACCAAGUUAAAAUUAAUCCCAGACCAGGCAAGAUUGUGAUAUAUAAUAAAUCAGACCCUUCUGAGAAUGUUGUUGAAGUUUUUCAUGAUAUGCCAAAUUGUACUUCCUGGGUGCUGCCACCUGUGAUUUUCAUUAAAGUCAUCAGAGGAUGCUGGAUUCUGUAUGAGAAACCAAACUUUGAAGGGCCUUCUGUUCCAUUAGAGGAAGGAGAGCUAGAGCUUACAAAUAUUUGGGGUGAACAACCAUCUGAUGACAAAGAUGAAUACAAGUCUCCUGAGGCUGUGGUGAUUGGUUCAAUCAGGCAUGUAGUAAAGGAUUAUAGAUUAUGCCGAAUUGACCUGUUUACAGAGCCAGGAGGGUUAGGCAUGGUAAAGUCAUACUUUGAUGACACUGAAGAAACACGAAUAAUUGGUACUACAGAGAAGACGCGUUCUAUGCAAGUGUACUGGGGCAUAUGGCUACUUUAUGAAGAACCUGGUUUCCAGGGAAUCCCUUUGAUGUUGGAGCCUGGGGAAUAUCCUGAUUUAUCUUUCUGGGAUAAGAAAGAAGCAUAUAUUAGAUCCAUGAGGCCCUUGAAAAUGGGUGGACGUAAGGUUGAAUGUACAGAACACCCCAAGGUGAUCGUUUAUGAGAAGCCUUUCUUUGAAGGAAAUUACAUAGAACUUGAUAUGGAGUUAUCAGCUCUUCCCAAUGAAGGAAAUCAAGAAGAAGGGUCACAGAUGAAAAAGGUGCUCCUCACAUCUAUAGGUUCCAUGAAAGUGACAGGAGGAAUCUGGGUUGCUUAUGAGAAGCCAGGGUUUACUGGGCAUCAGUAUUUGCUGGAAGAAGGAGAGUACCGAGAAUGGAUGGAAUGGGGUGGUUAUGAUGAACAGGUGCAGUCACUACAGCCUGUUCUAGGGAGUUUGACACAGCCGCACAUGAUAAUGUACACUGAAAAAGAUUUUGGGACUAAAGGUUCCAGUAUAAAUGUAUUAGGAAUUAUUUCCAAUUUGAAGGACACUGGCUAUGGACUGAGGACACAAUCCAUAAAUGUUUUAAGUGGAGUAUGGGUGGCUUAUGAAAAUCCAGACUUCACAGGAGAGCAGUACAUACUCGAUAAAGGAAUGUACCCCAAUUAUGAGACUUGGGGAGGUAGGAGUUGUAAGAUAUCUUCAGUUCAACCCAUAGUUUUGGAUACCACCAGUGAUUGUAUGGGGAAGUUUAAGGUCCAGAUAUUUUCAGAACCAGAGUUCCAGGGUAGAAGUCAAGUAUUUGAGAAAGACACUUCUCAGAUUGAUGACUCAUUUACUGCCAGAUCUUCAAAGGUGUUGUCUGGCAGUUGGAUUGCAUAUGACAAGGAAGACUUUUCUGGUAAUCAGUAUGUGUUAGAAGAAGGUGCCUAUCCUGAUCUGUCUGCAAUGGGUUGUCUACCCCAAAAUUGCUUGAAGUCUUUACAAGUUGUAAAUAUUGAACUUUCUGAGCCAGUCAUAACCCUUUUUGAAAAGGAAAACUUUAAGGGAAAGAAAAUGGAAUUUACUACAGAAAUUGUAAACCUCAAGUUUCUUGGCUACAAUCCUCAUAUAGCUUCAAUACAAGUUCUUGGUGGCAUGUGGAUUAUUUAUGAACACAAUAAUUACAGUGGUCGGCAAAUUUUAUUAAAACCUAAAAAAAUACCAAACUGGCAUGCAUUAAGUGGCUUCCACAAAGUAGGUUCCCUGCGACCUUUACUACAGAAACAAGUAUACUUCAAACUUCGCAACAAAGAAACAGGACAAUUCAUAUCAACUGAUGGAAAUGUAGAUGACUUGAACCUUUUGAGAAUGCAGGUUUCAGAAGAUAAUAAAUCCGAUGAGCAAGUCUGGGUUUACCAAGAAGGAUAUCUCAAAUGCAGGAUGGCAGAAGACUUCUGCUUGACAAUUGUAGGAAGUCUGAUCACUCCUGGUGCAAAACUGGGUCUAGCGCUUCAACAGAACGAAGAAAAGCAACAGUGGAAUAUUAAUCCAGAUGGAAGAAUCUACAGCAGGAUAAAACCAAAUUUAGUGCUAGACAUUAAAGGGGGAUCACAGUAUGAUAAAAACCACCUAAUUGUCAGUUCAGUGAGUGAAGACAAGGCAACACAAUGCUGGGAACCGCUGGUUGUGUAAAAAUAAUUCUGCUUCAGAAGGAAGAAUUAAGAAUCUGACCCAUCCAGAGCAGUAUAUGUGAAGAGUGGAAGAAGAGAAGACAUUGGUGUAUGCCUGUUGCUGAUUUUAAGGAAAAA